AUGUAAUACCAAUAAUACAGCAUGGCUGAAACUAUUAGGCAUAGAGACUCUGUAUUUAAUGAUGGACAAAGUCUUUGGUGUUAUAAUUUAUAGAAUCUUUUUAAGUAAAAAAACUCAAGAACAUUUUUUGUAAAAACAUAAAAUAAAUCAAAAACCAAAAAUUUGACUUUGGGAGAAUCUCAUAUUUAAUAUUCUAAGCAAGUAUUAAUUAAAAACAAUAAUAGAAAUAUAUCAGUCUAGUGAAUUCCUUUCUGAAAAUUUUAUUUAAGCAAAAUGAGAUGAUUGGAUUUGUUUUGGAAAAGAAUGAUUAAACAAUAGAGAUAUAUGGAGAUACUUAAGAAUGGAUAGAUUCCUUUAAAAAUUUAACAAUAUAAUUAGAUUUUACAUCUUUUUAUAAGAUUGCUAAGAAAAUUGGUCAAGGAAUAGCAGCAUAAGUUUAUUAAGCUACAAAUAAAACAAAUAAACUAAAUUUUGCAGCCAAGAUCUUUGAAAAGAAGAGAAUUCUGUUAGAAGAAACAGAAAUUAUAGCUAUUAAUAAAGAAUUGCAUUAUUUAAGAUUAUUAUAACAUCCAAAUAUCAUUCGACUCUAUGAAGUAUUUGAGAACAAAUAACAUAUCAUUUUUAUUACAGAUUUACAUUAAGGAGGAGAACUUCAUCAUUCAUUUAGUAGAUAUGGUUUAGAAGAAAAUCAAGUAGCAGAAGUAAUAAAACCAAUAAUUACAGCAAUUAGUUUUAUGCAUUCAAAAGGUAUUUUUCAUAGAGAUUUAAAACCAUAAAACAUAUUACUAAAAGAAAUAGAUGCAUUUGACACUAUCACUUUGAUUGAUUUAGGAUUGGCAGAAAAAUUUACUAAAGAAGGAAAAUAUAUAUACAAUAGAUGUGGAACACCUGGUUAUGUAGCACCAGAGGUUUUAUAAGACAAAAAAUAUGAUCUUAAAGUAGAUGUUUAUAGUAUUGGAAUUAUUGCAUAUCUUGCAUUAACAGGAAAGGAACCAUUUGCUUCUAGUAAUUAUGAUGAAUUAGUAUAAAAAAAUUAUGAUGGCAGAAUUAGCUUAAUCAAUUUGAAUGCUUCUGAAAAUUGUAAAGAUUUUUUAAAGAGGACGCUAAGUAAAGAUAGUAAAUUGAGAUUAUCAUCGGAUGAGGCUUUGGAACAUCCUUUUAUUACUUUUGGAAAAGGAAAUCAUAUAUUUUCACCAUAUAAAGGAGCCACAACUUAAAGAAUGAGUAUGACUUCUUUGAGAUGUAGUACAGAUGCAUCAUCUGAGAAUAGUUCUAUUCCAAAAACUUUUAGAGGCAAAAUAUAAUAAUAUAUGAAUUCAUUUUAAACUCCUAAAUUUGAGAUAAAUCAAGAAGUUAAGAAAGAAAAGGAUGAAAAUCUUAAGAAAAGGAAAGAGUUUUGUAUAAGAAAAUCUCAUUUACUCAAAAUCAAAUAAAUUAACAAUAAUCCUAAUUUUGAAUGA